AUGCACAACUCUGUUCUGCUCGCCCUUUGGGCCGGCAUCUCUUUUGUACUAUACAAGAUCGCAUGUUCCAUCAUUCUUUCCCGUAAGCGUGCCGCCACGGCCCGCCAGUUGGGCUGCCUACCCGCCCCUCCAUUGGAGCUGGUGCCGUUUGACCCUCUUGGGUUACAUAACAUUGCGAUUUUGAUCCAGGCGGACAAGAACUCUCUUAUUCCUCAAUGGAUGGAAGAGCGCCACAAGCGAGCAUGUGCCAAGGCGGGCAGGGAAAUCACUACGUUUUAUCAGAACGUCAUGGGCGGCGAGAACUAUUUCACUAUCGAACCAAAGAACAUUCAAGCCAUCCUGGCAACCCAGUUCAAGGACUUUGGACUUGGAGUUGUCCGAAACAGGAACUUCUCCCCCCUACUCGGUCACGGCAUUUUCUCUACAGAUGGCGAGCAAUGGGCAGGUGCAAGAGCCCUGCUCCGACCUCAAUUCGCUCGGGACCAAGUCAGUGACCUAGAGCUCGAAGAACAACACGUCCAGCACCUACUCCAAGCAAUCCCCAAAAAUGCCAACGGCUGGACUGACGUCACCGACAUCGAGCCUCUCUUCUUCCGCCUAACCAUCGACUCGGCCACUGAAUUCCUCUUCGGCGAAAGCGUCGACUCGCAGCUCUCCGCCCUCCCAGGCUACAAAUCCAGCCGUAUCCCCCUCGCAGUCAGCGAGCAAGAGUUCGGCGUAGCCUUCGACAGAGCCCAAGCCCAAAUCUCUACGGCCACCCGCUUCGGCGAUGCCUCCUGGCUCGUCUUCAGCAGCGACAGGUCGCACAUCCAACGCUGCCACAGCUUCAUCGACCACUACGUGCAACUCGCCCUCUCCAAAGACAAAUCGCGGCCCCAAUCCUCCUCGUCGGACAAGAAACAAAAAUACAUCUUCCUCGACGCCCUCGUAGAAUCCACCCGCGACCCCGUCGAACUCCGCACCCAUCUCAUUUCCAUCCUCCUCGCCGGCCGCGACACCACCGCCUCCCUCCUCUCCUACAUCUUCAUGUGCUUCGCCCAGCACCCCCACGUCUUCCAGCACUUACGCUCCGUCGUCCUCUCAACCUUUGGCACCUACUCGUCGCCCCAAAACCUCACCUUCGAAGCCCUCAAAUCCUGCAAUUACCUCCAAUGGGUCAUAAACGAGACUCUGCGCCUCUACCCCGUCGUCCCCAUCGACGGCCGCCGCGCCCUCCGCGACACUACGAUCCCCACGGGCGGCGGCCCCGACGGCACAGCCCCGAUCUUCGUGAAAAAGGAUACCAACGUAGAGUAUAGCGUGUACGUUAUGCAUCGCCGCAAAGACCUCUGGGGCCCGGACGCAGACAAGUAUCGGCCUGAGCGGUGGGACGGCAGGAAAGCCGGAUGGGAGUACCUGCCAUUCAACGGUGGCCCGAGAAUUUGCAUCGGCCAGCAAUUCGCGCUGGUCGAGGCUGCGUAUACGAUUGUGAGGCUAACGCAAAAGUUUGAGCGGAUUGAAAGUGCGGGUAAUCUUUGGGAUCCCGUGGAGAAGGGAGGAGAGGGUAUCAUCAAGCACAAGUUGAGUUUGACAAUGUGUCCUGAUGGAGUCAAGUUGAGGAUGAAGGAGGCGGCGGAGUAA